CUGAUUACAAACCAUUGUAGUAUCGCACCAGUGCCUUUGAAGGAAAGAACUGAUAAAAGGUUAUACCAAAUAUUCUUGAUUUGGUUCUCCGGAGAUACAAACAUCUUCACAAUGACUGCCGGCACCCUUGGCCCUGCUUUCUACGGUCUUGGGAUCAGGCAAUCAUUCCUUAUGAUCCUGGUAGUCGAUGUAAUCACAUGUGCAAUCCCAGCGUACUUUGCUGUAUUUGGACCUAAGCUCGGGAUGCGCGCUAUGGUACAAUCGCGUUUUGCCUGGGGUUACUACGGAGCGGUCAUACCGAGCACCUUGAACGUGAUCUCGUGUCAAGGUUAUCUCAUAGCGAACACGAUAAUAGGUGGUCAAACACUCGGGAGCGUAUCACCCCACGUUGGCUCAACUAUUGGCAUCAUCAUUAUUGCGCUCGUGACACUUCUCGUCGUUUUCAGUGGGUACCGGGUGGUGCAUUGUUAUGAAACGUUUGUGUGGAUUCCAAAUGUUAUAGCCUUUGUCAUCAUGCUGGCCAUCAGUGGAAAACACAUAAUCAUGACACCUUUGGCUAAUCCAUCGCCCAUCCCGCCAUCCGCUAUCAUGACAGCGGGUGCUUCGGUGGCGGCCACGAAUAUUAGCUGGGCAACUUUGACGCCUGAUUAUGGGGUUUAUCACGACGGAAAAGCCAGCUCCUGGAGGAUUUUCUUCUAUGCAUACCUUGGUCUACUGACAUCCAGCAUGCCCGUGCAUCUGCUUGGCGCGGCGCUCGCAGCCACUGCGUAUCACGUUCCUGCCUGGGAGGCAGGAUUAGGCAAUGGCAACAACAUAGGGGGUCUCAUAGCAGCCAUUCUAUCACCGGCCGGUGGAUUUGGCAAAUUUCUGCUCGUGUUAUUGGCCUUGAGUGCACCGAGCGUGUGUGCGCCGUCAAUGUAUACAGCAUGUACAAGCUUCGGGGCGAUAUCAAACGUGUCCGCGAGGAUUCCGAGAUUCCUACUAGCAAUCAUCUCAACAGUCAUCCUCAUGCCGAUUGCCAUUGUGGGAUCUUCCAGGUUCUACGCGACCUUCGUCGACAUCUUAGGCUUCGUUGGAUACUGGAACGCGCCGUUCUGCGCUAUCGUGCUGGCAGAACACUUCGUCUUCCGCAAGAACAGGUGGUCCUCGUACCAUGUCCUCGAUGCAUGGAACAAACCCGACCAUCCCAACCUGGCCAGAGGUUAUGCUGCCGUCUUCACAUUCGUUGUCGCCAUUGGGUUCAUCGUGGUAUGCAUGGAUCAAGCAUGGUGGGUUGGCCCUAUUGCUCGUGCUGGCACAGGCGACAUUGGGAUGUUAUGUGGCUUUACGCUGAGCAUCCCGUUGUUUGUGUGUGCGAGGUGGCUGGAGAGGGUAUGGAGCGGGGUUAAGCAUGUGGGAUGA